AUGUGGAGAGAUCCCGGGGCCCGUGAUCGCUGAAAGUGUCAAGAACUGCUGGCCUUACUAAUCCACGCUACUGCCUCUCCACUUGCGCAGGCAUACAUGGGUGACCGCAAGUGGAAGGCCUCACCCGAACAGGUGUCGGUGGAGAUCGCCACCCGAGGUUGGAGCCAGGCGGCACUGCGGGACGAGCUCUACAUGCAGAUCUGCCGGCAGACGACGGACAAUCCGCGCGCCGAGAGCCUGCUGCGUGGCUGGGAGCUCAUGGCCGUCUGCCUGGGCAUCUUUCCCCCAUCGGCCACCUUUCGGCCCUACCUGGAGAGCUACGUCCAGCGGCACCGGGACGACAUGGCAGUGGGCGCCUAUGCCGGUGCCUGCGCGCAAAGGCUCGAGCGCGGCGCCCAGUGUGGACCAAAGAGAGGCCUCCGGCGGCCCACGGCCGAGGAGGUGGCCCAGUCGCGGGCGCACCUCUUCCGGCCCUCCAUGUUUGGCAGCCGCCUGGAGGAAGUGAUGGCGCUGCAGUGUGAGCGCUUCCCCGACCGUUGCCUCCCCUGGGUGCAGACGACCCUGUCGGAGGCCGUGCUACGGUUGCACGGAGCCCAGACGGAGGGCAUCUUCCGUGUGCCGGGAGACAUCGAUGAGGUGCGUUUCUCUUCCUCUGCCUUCGAAUAACUUUACAUUUAUGUUGUGAAAGGGCAUACGAGGGUUUAUUGGCCAGUUACGUGCUCCUAAGUUCACAUACUGCGUGAUGCGUGUAGUUGAAAGUAAAAAUUCAAAAGUAGAAAUUCCAGGUCCAACACCAUAGCCAUAGGUGGCAUUAGCUAACAAUCUAAUUGCUAGACCUAGCACAAGUCUUGACCGAGUCCUGUCACACAAGCCGCUUUAAAGCCGUUUAUCCCUAGAGCACUUGCACUUCUGCCCAUCUCCGAUCCUUCUUUAUACAAACGGCAAAGGACUGGAACGAACUGCCUCCCCGCAUCGUGCUGCAUUCCUAUUCUGCCACUUUCAGGAAUUGUAUUGAAAUUAGUAGCAUGUAAAUUUGACCCACACCUCAUGUCAUACCCCUUAACUUAUCAUGCAUCAUGCCUUUGAGGUAACAAAUAAAUAAAUACUAAAUAGUACACGUACACAAAUACACAAGGAAGUCGAAGAGAGUACAGCCGCCACACAGCUUAAUUGCACUUGCAAUACAGAAGAUGUGGGCUUGACUCCCAACUGCAAUGUGUUGUCUUUUUGUCCACUUUCAUUUUUGUUGUCCUUAUUAUACAGGCAAUGUGCGAUUUUUUAAACUUCCUAGGGGAUGCGAAAACGUCCAAAAAAUUGGGCAGUCCGAAAUAACUGCAUGCCCCUUACUGACCCCAAAGGCUCAAAUCGUCACAGGUAC